AUUAAAUAAGUGUAUUUUGCAGUUUUUCGAUCUGAUGUUUAUUUUGCUAAAUAUCGCGGGAUUUGUAUUUAAAAUUUACCCCCCACCCCUCUCUGCGAGGGGUCGUGUUUGGUAUCUAUCGAUAGAUUUUUGAAAAAUAUUGAACGUGUAGUUUUUAGUUUUUCGAUCUGACGUUCAUUUCGCGAAAUAUUCGCCUUUUUCUUGUGAAACUUUGUGACUCACGAAUUCCCUUACGCCCCGCUCAAAUCGUCAGAUUUUUUAAAUAUACACUGUUUUGCAUGUACUUAACUUACCUUAUCUUAAUCUGACAAUUUCGAGUAUUUUUAAGGAUAGAUUUCUUUUUUCGGGCCCCCCUAAACGAACUCCCCUGUGUUAAGAGCCAAUAUAUGGCAGAGGUACAUCUGCAGGGUACCACGUUUCUCCCCAUAUGAUAAUCUGACGCGCUCGAGUAACUGCAAAAAUCCCCGCUUGGGCUCCCCUACCAUUACUACUUGAACACUUGAACCAGAAAAUAAUAAGGUGUAGGUCGGUAGAGUUGAUUAGUAAAAUUUGUUCUAUCCUAUUAUAAUACAGAUCAGGCAGUUGUAUAAAUACGAGUAGAAAUAGAAAUACAUACAAACGUACAACUAAACUAAGGUAAGAUGUUUGACUUACAUUUGAAACUGUAUAGGUAAUUAUAAUUUGUAAAUUAAACAUUAAUAUAAUCAAUAUUCAAUAGAAAAAUAUGGAAGGGCGGAAACAACCUGGAUCUUUCUGGCGUAAAAGGAAACAAGAAAAGCAAGAAAGACAAAAUAAAAUUUUGAAAGGUAUACCCAAAAUGACAGCAUUUUUUACACCUGAUGGAAAUCAAGAAGACGACACUACAAAUAUUUCCCAACCCGGUAGUAGUUCUAGUGCUACUAGUGAUAAAUAUAUUCAUACUCAACCACAUGAACUUAUUUUGGAGACUUCAGAAUUAGUACCAGAGCCAGAGCACUUAGUAUCACCUGUUUCAAAAGUAUUAGAAUAUGAAGAAACAACCACCAGUAACUCGGAUCCAAAACAGGAUUUACUUAAUUUUAAAGAUCCGGCACUUUGGCAAGAUUCCCAUAAUUAUGCAGAAAUUAUUCUAGAAAAAUGGGUCGAACAGAAUCUUACAGAUUUGGACUUUUCAACGUCAAAAAGAAAUUUCGGGGAACAACACAGGUAUGCCGGUAAGCAAAUAUUUUAUAAAAGACUUGUUAAUGGAGAAGUGGUUCGCCGCGAUUGGGCAAUUUACUCCGAGAGCACUGGCAAUAUAUUUUGUCUUUACUGUGUAUUAUUUCGGUGAGACCGCAGAAGAGGUGGGCAGAUGAUAUCAAACAAGUCGCGGGCAAGCAGUGGAUGAGAAUUGCCAAGAGUAGAAAUCGAUGGAAGCAAAUGGAAGAGGCCUAUGUCCAGCAGUGGACGAACACAGGCUGAAGAAGAAGUGUAUUAUUUGGAAAUAAAAAGAACCAAUUUAAAACAGGAUUUUCAUUAUGGAAUAAAAGUAAGGAAAGAUUAGACGAACAUGAAAGAUCCAAUGAUCAUAUAGAUAAUCUGAAAAUGUAUAUGACUCGCUUAUUAAAGCAAGGAAGAGUUGAUGUAGAACUCGAAAAGGAAAUUAGCACUGCGAAAGAAUAUUGGGUGAAAGUACUAGAAAGAAUCAUAAGUGUAAUAAAGUUUCUGGCUACUAGGGAAUUGGCAUUUAGAGGUACUCAUGAAAGAAUUGGAGAAAAACGGAAUGGAAACUACUUAGGUUUACUGGAACUAUUGUCAGAAUAUGAUCCAUUUUUGAAAAAUCAUAUUAAUAAACGAGCAAAUUUAGCAAUCGAGUCAUUGAUGAAAUUGUUAGACAAAUUAAGGCAAACAAAUACUAUUCUAUAAGUGUAGAUUCAACACCUGACAUAACACACCAUGACCAACUUACAGUGAUUUUGAGAUAUUGUGACAAUAAAGGGAAUCCCGUGGAAAGAUUCGUGGGAUUUUAUAAAAACACUGGGCAUAGCUCACAACAACUUGAGGAAACAGUUAUUGGGAUGUUAGAGUCUUUGAAAUUAUAUAUUAAGAACUGUAGAGGCCAGUCUUACGACAAUGCCAGUAAUAUGAGUGGAAAGUAUUCUGGUUUGCAAGCACGUAUUAAAGCUUACAAUGAUUUAGCUCUCUUUGUGCCGUGCGCUGCUCACUCUUUAAAUUUGGUUGUCCAAAAUGCAGCAGAUUGUUGUUUGGAAGCAACAUCUUUUUUUAUGUUGGUACAAGCUAUCUACAAUUUUUUCUCCGUGUCUACACAUAGGUGGGAGUUAUUGUCUCGUGCAAUAAAGGAUUCGGCUGACUCGGGGCAGACACUGUUACCUAAGAGAGUGAAUACAACCCGUUGGUUGUCUCGUUUUGAUGCCGUAAAAGCGUUAAAAAGCAAUUACGCUUUGAUUAAAACAUGUUUGAUUGGAAUAUCAACGGAUAUAAAUGAAAAAAACAUAGUAAGAGUUGAAGCAGCUUCUCUAUCGGAAAAACUUGAUUUGUUGGAAAACGGAAUAAUUUUAUCAUUUUGGCUUGACGUUUUACAAAGGGUUAAUGAAGUGAAUAAAUCAGUACAAAAGGAAAAUAUGGAUUUAAGCACAACCGCUCAUCUGUUAUCAUCUUUAGCAGAUUACUUUGAUUUCUUACGUGAUCGUUUUGAUCACUACGAGGCCUUAGGAAUGUUGUUAACAGGGAACGAAAAUUAUGCUGAGAAGAGGAUUAUCAAAAAAAAAUUGCAAUUAGGAGAAAUGAAUUCGGAGGCAAGCUUAAGCCAAAAAGAAAAAAUGCGAACAUAAUGUUAUGUUUGUAUAAUAGACAAUCUUAAGUCGGAGAUUAUUCGCCGAUCUGAUAGUUAUAAAUCUUGUUCAAGAGCAAUUGAAUUUUUGUUUAAACUAAAAGCUACGGAAGAUGAAGAUAUUUUCAGAUCGGCAACCGAAUUACAACAAAACUACAAGGAGGAUUUGGACGAGUAUUUUCCCCAAGAAUGUGUACAUUUAAAUCAUUUGUUAACGUCUCCUCCCCAAUUAAAAAUAGACACUCCUUUAGAAUUGGUACAGGCUUUAUACGAAAAUAAAUUAAUAUCUUCAUUUCCAAACGUUAAUAUUUGCCUGCGUAUUUUUUUCUCCAUAAUGGUCGCAAAUGCAAGUGGCGAACGCUCUCUUUCGACACUAAAAAGGGCAAAGACCUACUUAAGAAAUGCAAUUUCCCAAGAAAAUUUGAACUCCUUAGCAGUCUUAUCCAUUAACGAGGACCUGCUAAAUGAAUUAAAUAUAACUGAUAUCAUCGAAAACUUCUCUUCAGUAAAAUCAAGAAAACAAGCUUUUUAAUAGUAAAGGUAUUUGCUUACCUACCUGAUGUUACCUGUUUGAAUGUUAUUAAGUAAAUUUUUAUUUUACUUUGUGAAGUUCGCCCUUAAUUUUUGCCUUGUAUAUUGUUAGUUUUCAUUUA